AUGUAUCGUCACGCCGUUUUUGAUUCUGGCGACUGCACGUGUCUAUUGGCACCGAUAAAUUCCAGUUUAUCGAAACGGAAAGAAAGAAACCCUUGGGGUGUUGUUACUACCCCUUUGCCAGUACCGAGAAAUAGGAGGGCAAAGAGGGUAGUAAAAAAGACAAAAUGGCUGAUCUAUGGAGUUCAUUUUGCGGGUGUUCCAGCAAUGACAAGCAUUGUGAUCAAGAUUUGGGUUUUAUCACGAAUCCAUCUUCGUUUGGCUUCAGCAAUCUUUAACGGUUUACUUGGAACACUGUACAUAUGUUUGGGCAUUUGGACAUUGAAAACCACCAUUCUUCCUUUGCAUCAAUGGCUCACAUUCUUGUUUCAUGGAGUAACAUGGUCAACAGUCUCACUAACCAUAAGCCUAACCGGAAAACAUUUCUCAAAAAUCCCCGUUCGCCUUCUGUCAAUCGUUUCUGUUCUAUUCGCCGGAUUUUUUGGCGGCUUAUCGGUUCUCGACCACUCAAUGUCAAUCAAGAUGGCCAUGGAUACAACCUCUUUCCUAGGAGCAGUCUUACUUUUAGCAUGCACUUACAAAGGCUUCAACUAUGAAGAAAUUAACGACAACAACAACAACAGUCUUUACACCCCUUUACAUGGCAACACUAAUGGCACCAAAGUAAUUCACAACGAAAACCUAACCCCACUUGCCAAAGCUGGAUUUUUCAAUGUAAUGUCGUUUUGGUGGUUAAACCCAUUGAUGAAAACAGGAAGCCAGAAAACCCUCGAAGAUAAAGAUAUGCCAAAAUUACGCACAGAAGAUCGAGCCGAAUCGUGUUAUUCCAACUUCUUAGACCGGUUUAACAACGAAAAGCAAUCUCAGCCGUCGAUCUUGAGAACAAUCGUGAUGUGCAAUCUAACAGAGCUUCUCGUAUCGGGAUUUUUCGCAUUGCUAAAAAUAAUCACGGUUUCCGCGGGCCCGCUUUUUCUCAAAGCGUUCAUACGCGUCGCGGAAGGUAACGAGAGUUUUACUGGCGAAGGUUACGUGUUAGCCAUCGCGCUUUUCUUUUCCAAAACAUUAGAAUCGUUAUCACAGCGACAAUGGGACUUUAGGUGUAGACUUAUUGGUAUACGUGUUAGAUCGCUACUCACAGCAGCAAUUUAUAAAAAACAAUUAAAUCUAUCUAAUUCUGCCAAAAUCACACAUUCUGCUGGAGAGAUCAUGAACUAUGCCACUGUCGACGCCUAUCGAAUCGGGGAAUUCCCAAAUUGGUUACACCAAACAUGGACAACAAGUCUCCAGCUUAUAUUUGCGCUUGCUAUUCUUUUCCAAGCAGUCGGUUUGGCCACAUUUGCAUCAUUGGGAGUUAUAAUAUUUACAGUUAUUUGCAACGCGCCACUUGCUAAAUUACAACAUAAGUUUCAAUCGAAGUUAAUGGUGGCACAAGAUGAGAGGCUGAAAGCCAUAUCUGAGGCUCUUGUGAAUAUGAAAGUUUUGAAACUUUACGCCUGGGAGAUUCAUUUCAAGGGUGUGAUUGAAAAGUUAAGGGCUGUUGAAGAUAAAUGGUUAUCGGCUGUUCAACUUCGCAGAGCUUAUAACAGUUUUUUAUUCUGGUCGUCUCCUCUUUUGGUCUCCACUGCUACUUUUGGAGCUUGUUAUUUCAUUGGGAUUCCUUUAAAUGCUAGCAACGUUUUCACAUUUGUGGCAACUUUAAGGUUAGUUCAAGAUCCUGUUAGAACGAUUCCGGAUGUUAUUGGGUUUAUUAUUCAAGCAAAAGUCGCGUUUUCAAGAAUCUUGAAUUUUCUCGAGGCACCAGAGCUUGAGAGUGGUCAUGUAAGGCGGAAGGUGAAAAAUGAGGGUUUGGAUUGUAACAUUUUGAUCCAGUCUGCAAGUCUCUCGUGGGAAGGGAAUAUCGUGAAGCCUACUUUAAGAAAGAUCAACUUACAGGCUCGAUUGGGUGAAAAGAUUGCUGUUUGUGGAGAGGUGGGGUCCGGUAAGUCUACACUUUUGGCGGGAAUUCUUGGAGAGGUUCCAAUCAUCGAGGGAGCUCUUCAAGUAUAUGGGAGCAUUGCGUAUGUUUCUCAAUCGGCUUGGAUUCAAACGGGUAGUAUACGGGAUAAUAUUUUGUUUGGGUCAUCAAUGGAGGAUCAAAGAUACCAAGACACACUUGAAAAAUGUUGUUUGGUGAAGGAUCUUGAGUUAUUAGAAUAUGGUGAUCUUACUGAGAUUGGAGAGAGAGGAGUUAAUCUCAGUGGUGGACAGAAACAGAGGAUUCAACUUGCACGUGCUUUAUACCAGGAUGCUGAUAUCUAUCUCUUGGAUGAUCCGUUCAGUGCUGUGGAUGCACACACUGCUUCCAGCUUAUUUAAUGGAUUUGUUAUGGAAGCUCUUUCUAGCAAGACGGUUUUGCUUGUGACUCACCAAGUUGAUUUUCUUCCUACAUUUGAUUCUGUCCUGUUGAUGUCAGAUGGGGAAAUCCUAGCAGCUGCUCCUUACCAUCAACUAAUGGCCUCAAGCCAAGAAUUUCAAGAUUUGGUGAAUGCACACAAAGAAACAGCAGGUUCCGAAAGGCUUCUAGAAGUCACCUCUUCAAGAAAGCAGAUACCUUCCAUCAAAGACAUUAAAAACACCCAUACAAACAAAUUACCCGUGGCAUCUGGAGACAAUCAGUUGAUCAAGAAAGAAGAAAGGGAAGAAGGGGACACUGGUUUCACACCCUACAUACAGUAUCUAUCCCAAAACAAAGGCUACAUUUUCUUUUCUAUAGCCGCAUUUGCCCAUGUCACCUUCAUGGCAUGUAAUGUGUGUCAGAAUUCAUGGAUGGCUGCAAAUGUCGACAAUGCUGAUGUCAGCACUCUGAAAUUGAUCCUCGUGUACCUGGCUAUUGGUGUUGUAGCAAUCAUGUUUCUUCUCGUGAGAUCGCUCUUCACAGUUGCCUUGGGGUUACAAUCGUCAAAAUCGAUAUUUUCUCAAUUACUCGUAUCCCUUUUCCGUGCCCCUAUGUCGUUUUACGAUUCUACCCCUCUGGGUAGGGUACUAAGCAGGAUCUCGGUGGAUUUGAGUAUCAUUGAUCUUGACAUUCCGUUUAAUUUAAUAUUUGCUGUUGCCGCCACCACAAAUUUCUACACUAAUUUGGGAGUUUUAAUCUUCGUGACAUGGCAAGUCUUGUUUGUCUCGAUACCACUAAUUUAUGUGGCAAUGCGUUUACAGAGAUACUACUUCUCGUCUGCAAAAAUGCUGAUGAGGAUCAACGGGACAACCAAAUCUUUGGUGGCAAACCAUCUUGCUGAAUCUGUGGCAGGUGCCAUGACAAUAAGAGCUUUCAAACAAGAAGAUCGAUUCUUUGCAAAAAAUCUUCAAGUUGUUGACAUAAAUGCUAGUCCUUACAUACACAGCUUUGCUGCAAACAAUUGGUUGAUCCAACGGCUAGAAAUCAUCAGUGCAACCGUUUUAUCAGCUUCUGGACUCUGCAUGGUGUUGCUUCCUCCUGGAACUUUCACUUCCGGUUUUAUUGGAAUGGCUAUGUCUUAUGGGCUUUCUUUGAACAUGUCACUUGUUAUGUCGAUUCAAAAUCAGUGCACAUUGGUCAACUAUAUUAUUUCGGUCGAGAGGGUCAACCAGUACAUGCAUUUACCAAGUGAAGCUCCUUUAGUGAUCGAAGAGAAUCGCCCUCCAUCUAAUUGGCCUGAUGAGGGUAAGGUGGAAAUUCAAGGUUUACAGAUUAGGUAUCGACCCGAUGCACCUCUUGUUCUUCGGGGUGUUAGUUGUACAUUUGAAGGGGGACACAAGAUUGGUAUUGUUGGAAGGACAGGCAGUGGAAAGACUACACUGAUUGGUGCAUUGUUUCGUUUGGUGGAACCUGUUGGGGGUAAAAUUAUUGUUGAUGGGAUUGACAUUUCAACGGUUGGACUUCAUGAUUUAAGGUCACGUUUUGGGAUCAUACCUCAAGAUCCUACACUUUUCAAUGGAACAGUUAGAUACAAUUUGGACCCCUUGUGUCAACAUACCGAUCAACAAAUAUGGGAGGUUCUUGGAAAGUGUCAGCUUAGAGAGGCUGUUCAGGAUAAAGCAGGGGGGCUGGAUUCGAUAGUAGUGGAAGAUGGAACAAAUUGGAGCAUGGGGCAACGGCAGCUGUUCUGUUUGGGGCGUGCAUUGUUGAGAAGAAGCAAGAUUUUGGUGCUUGAUGAAGCAACUGCAUCCAUUGAUAAUGCUACAGACACCAUGCUGCAAGAAACCAUCAGAUCUGAGUUUGCUGAUUGCACCGUUAUCACUGUGGCUCACCGCAUCCCAACCGUAAUGGACUGCACCAUGGUCCUAACCAUGACCGAUGGAAAAAUAGCGGAAUAUGAUGAACCCAUGAAGCUUAUGAGAAGAGACGAUUCCUUGUUUGGACAGCUUGUGAAGGAGUAUUGGUCGCACUCGCAGUCUGCACAACUUGUGUGAACUUCAUUUCAUUCUGCCAUUUGAUCGGCUGACUACAUAUAAUCAAUCAUAUGUUAUAGCAGAAUAAAAACUUGAGAGAUAUACUAUAUGCAUAUAGCCACAGUUGAGCUGUAUAUAGUGGCAUUUGAUUAGGAUCGAUAGCGACUGCUCAUUCUUGUUACACCAUGCAACUCUUUUAUUGUUCUUUCUAUAAUGAUUGGGAAGAGGAUCAAAUAGAUUUUACAACCACCUGAAUAUCAUUGAUAAAUAAAUACAGGACUUGAACUUCAAAACCU